GGCCGCGGGUGAGAGUCCGAGAUUCGCGGGGGUGGGGCUGGCCGCACCUGCGAGCCCUCUGAGCCGCCGUAGCCCCGCCCCUCCGCGCGUGGCGCCCCGACGCUUAGCGCGCGGGCCGCUCUCUUUACAGAGGUCGCUCUUGUCCGAACGGGCGGCCUCUGCUGCGCCUGCGUGGUCGGGAGGGGAAGUGAGGCGGUUUCCUCGGCGCCUUUUCCGGCGGCGGCGGCGGCAGAGCUGGGAGGAGGCGGUGGAGGCCGGAGGAAGCCCGCGCUCGGGGCGGCGGCUGGAGGCAGCGCACCGAGUUCCCGCGAGGAUCAAUGACCUGACGGGGCGCCGGAGCCGCGCUGCCUCUCGGGUGGCCUGGGUCGGUGGUGAGCGUGGUGCUCGCGGACCGGGAGCCGGGCCGAAGGGCCGCAGUCUCCCGCGGCGGAGCGAGGAGAAGGCGGAGGAGCGGGAACCGCGGCGGCGCUCGCGCGGCGCCUGCGGGGGGAAGGGCAGUUCCGGGCCGGGCCGCGCCUCAGCAGGGCGGCGGCUCUCCCGGCGCAGACUCAGCGCCCCGGCGGCCGCGGCGACUGGAGAAAUCAAGUUGUGCGGUGGGUGAUGCCCGAGUGAGCGACGGGUCCGGGCCUUUCCCCCGAGGAGGUGACUCCCACGCAGGCCGCACGGGCGUCCUCGCGACUGGGAGGCUCCGUUUCGGUUUCGCGGCGGCGGCGGCGGCGGCGGCGUUGUUGGCGGAGGGGACCCGGGACACCUGAAUGCCCCCGGCCCCGGCUCCUCCGACGCGAUGGGGAAGGUGCUAUCUAAGAUCUUCGGGAACAAGGAAAUGCGGAUCCUCAUGUUGGGCCUGGACGCAGCCGGCAAGACCACCAUCCUGUACAAGUUGAAGCUGGGCCAGUCGGUGACCACCAUCCCCACCGUGGGUUUCAACGUGGAGACCGUGACUUACAAAAACGUCAAGUUCAACGUGUGGGAUGUGGGCGGCCAGGACAAGAUCCGGCCGCUCUGGCGGCAUUACUACACCGGGACCCAGGGUCUGAUCUUCGUAGUGGACUGCGCCGACCGCGACCGCAUCGACGAGGCCCGCCAGGAGCUGCACCGCAUUAUCAAUGACCGGGAGAUGAGGGACGCCAUAAUCCUCAUCUUCGCCAACAAGCAGGACCUGCCCGAUGCCAUGAAACCCCACGAGAUCCAGGAGAAACUGGGCCUGACCCGGAUUCGGGACAGGAACUGGUAUGUGCAGCCCUCCUGUGCCACCUCAGGGGACGGACUCUAUGAGGGGCUCACAUGGUUAACCUCUAACUACAAAUCCUAAUGAGCCUCUUCUCCGCCCAUCCCCCGGAAGGAGAGAAAUCAAAAACCCAUUCAUAGGAUUAUCGCCACCAUCACCUCUUUCAGUUGCCACUUUCUCUUCUUUGAAUUUGAACUCUGGAGUUACCGUUCUGCGGUUUGGGGGAGGGGGUUAGGGGUUUUCUUUUUUGUUUCUUUUCUUUUUUUUCUUUGCUUUGCGUUAGGAUGCUCUGAUCUGACUUUUGACAUGAACACAAAGUGCUAGAUGCUCUUGUUGACUUCCAGCAAAUGGGAUGGGGGAAAUAUAGCAGUUCUUGGUAAAUUCCUUUAUAAUAAUGGUUUGAUUUUUUUAUUUCGAGAGAAUCUUCUUUUCCAAUGUAUGCUUUUUUCCUUUUUGCCCAGUUUCCUUAUCACUUGCUGUAGAUGGCUUAUUUUGCAUUCAUGCAGACUGUGUUGCAAGUCUGUUUCACCUAGUAAACUGAAAAUUAUUGCUUAAUCAAA